CAUUUUCAUUGACCCUUCCCGUUAUCCAUUUCAUGUGGUCUAUGGCAAAUCCUCCGUUUUCUCUCUCUAAAUCCCUCUCUCUCUCUCCUCCCCUGCUUCUUCUCUCACUGUCAUUCACCCCCUCCAUUCCCCUUCCACUUCCACCUCCCAAUGGCCGUCAAUUCCACUAACCUCACUUCCCAUUUUGCCCUCCCUUUCCGCCGGAACCAUCCGAUCUCCUCCCCAUGCACCGCCGCCCUUCCCAUUCUCAAACCCGCCCUUCGCCGUUCCCUUUUCGCCUCUCCUCCAUCCGGUCCCCGGAAAAUCUUGUGCAAAGCGUCGGAGGUCUCGGUGGCUGAGGAAUCGUCGGCGUCUGGUAACUGGGUGCCCGUGGUUCCGUUGUCGGCGCUGCCGAAAGGGGAGCGGCGCGUGAUUAUUCAGGGUGGGGAGACGGUUUUGCUUCUUUGGUAUAAGGAGAGGAUUUUUGCUAUUGAGAAUCGUUCCCCUGCUGAAGGUGCUUACACUGAAGGUCUCCUUAAUGCCAAACUCACUAAGGAUGGCUGUAUUGUCUGUCCAACGACAGAUAGCACAUUUGACCUCCAAACUGGAGAAAUCAAGGAAUGGUAUCCAAACAACCCUGUUCUCAGAGUCCUCACACCAGCCUUAAGGAAGCUUUUUGUAUACCCUGUAAAAACUGAUGAAAACAACAUUUAUAUCAACAUGAGGGGAAACGUGAUAUCAGAUGCAUCUGCUGAGAUUGUCUUCAGUGGGAAAGCUCAACCCGGUGUAACUGCUACCGAUGUCAAUGUCGACGAGGUGAGAAUGGUGGUUGAUGAAGAUCUUGGAGGGUUUGGCUUCACUGGAAAGAAUGAAUUGAUAAAUGGAAAGGCAGCAGUGAUUGGGUUCUUGUUGUUGUUGGAUUUUGAGCUCUUAACUGGGAAGGGUCUUCUCAAGGGAACUGGAUUCUUGGACUUCAUUUAUUCUGCUUCAGAUGCUUUCAAAUAGAUGUACUGUAAGUUCAUAUUUUCUUCUGCCUUCGCAUAUAUCAUCAUAUCUGUUCUUGUAUACUAUAUACAUAUACAUACCAAGAAAUUAGAUGCUUUUGUUGAACCAAAAAAA